AUGAUUCGGUUUUUCUGAACCAUUUUCUUUCACAGAGAGAUAUAAACCCUUGUGUAAAAUAGAAAAGGGUGAAGAUUCGUUGUUUCUGGGACAAUGGGAGACCAAAAAUGACAGAAAUUUUGCGUAGGAAUAUCAACUCCUUUGAUUAAAGAGACCUGUGUCUUUUGCAUCUAAACUACUACCAAAGCAAAGCAAAGUCUGCCUUCUCAUUCAUUCAUACCUUUAAGGCCAGCUUUGUCUUUCACUUCCCAAAGUGUGCACGGUUUUCUCUUCUUUUUUUGUUCUCUUACUCUCGCUCCUCAUAUAAACCCACCCAAAUGGAUAUCAGCUAUGUGCUUCAACUACUUGUUUAUCUCAAAAUGGGUUCUUGGGUUGCACAUUCUCUAAGUUUCUAAGUGUUCUUUCUUCUUUUGGAUUGAAAAGAUUGAAUCUUGAGUAACACCUGUCUUUUAGGGAAAGCAUGGAGAUUGUCUAGUAGAAAAGUGAGUCUGUUUUCUUCAUUUUAUUUUCUGGGUUUGUUGGGAUUUUAAAGACUAGUUUUUGGGGGAACAUGGAGGAGGUUGAAGCAGCUAACAAAGCAGCAGUAGAGAGUUGCCAUAGAGUUCUCAACAGUCUCAUUUGCAAACACAAAGAUGAUGUUCAGUGUGAAAAUUUAGGUGUGCUUACAGAAGAGGCCGUUGUGAAGUUCAAGAGAGUUGUGUCUCUUCUGAAUCAUGGAAGGAUCAGAAAGUUGAAGAAGAAGCUUGACUCAUCUUGGCCUCAAAGCCUCAUGUUGGAUGGCCCUAAUUACAGAUCAGACAUUUCAACCAAAACCCUCCAAUUACUCCCAGCUACUUUCCCUCCUAACCCACACACACAAAACCAGAAAGUGAUUCUAGGAAAUCCAGUGUUGGAUAUGAGUCUUAAUCUUCCUCUCCAAAAUGUUCAACCAAAACCAUUUCAGCAGUUGCAUAGAAUUCCAGUCCAUCCCCAGCAGUUCACUGGCAUAAACCUUGCAUUUAACAAGCCUAGCACCACACCCUCCUCGUCCAACGCUGCGUCUUUCAUGUCAUGUUUGAGCAUGGAUGCUGGUCGUGUGGCUAACUAUGACAGCAAUUCCUUCAGACUAAUCAGUGGCUGCGUGCCGCAGCCGAUGGAUCAAAUAUCGCAACUGAUGAGGAGCGCUGAUGUACAGCAGAACAGCAGUGUACAAUGUGGAAGCAGUGAGAAGUGUUCCACACCAAGGAAGAGGAGAUUGAGGGUGAGAAAAUCCUUCAAGGUACCUGAAGGAGGUAAGAAUGUAGCACACAUUCCAGGUGAUGAAUAUUCAUGGAGGAAGUAUGGACAGAAGCCAAUCAAGGGCUCUCCUUAUCCAAGGGGAUACUAUAAGUGUAGCAGCAUGAGAGGCUGCCCAGCAAGGAAACAUGUCGAGAGGUGCAUCGAAGACCCUGCAAUGCUGAUAGUCACCUAUGAGAGCGAGCACAAGCAUUCACAAUCUGCCCACAAGCAUUCACAAUCUGCCCAUCAAUGAGAAUGUUCAUGGACCUUGACAUCUUGUAUGACCCUGACUAGUAUUGUCAUUUCUGAGUGAACCUUAGUUAGUUUUUGGAAUUUCAAAGGGGUAUUGAACUAGUUUUGAGUUGCAAAUACUGCAAUCUAUCGCAUAUCAAUUAUACUUGAAGCACUUGAUUCUC